AUGCCGCCUCAGUUCCGCACCCGUUCUCCAAUUCUGGAAGAUGAGGAUGGUAUGACCAUCAGAGCGGGACACCGAUGCACGAUCAACACAUCCUUAGACAUUUACAUCCCUAAUUCAACUGGACAAGGGCCAUGGUGGACCCGAGUAUUUUUGCCACAUGCAGUGACGCUAGAUGUAGUAGCAAAAGAGACACAGUUCGAGGACUUUGUUGCGGACGUGGCGGCCGCUUGCGACAAAAUCUCACCUGGGGCUGGGGCGGUUCUCAUGGACUCCUUCAACACGAUGGGCCGGGUAGGACAGCUGGUCUUCUGGAAUGCCAUCAUCCCUGGCUGCGAGGAUAUGGACUUUGAUGAUGACUUCCAAUUGUCCUACUGGGGCAAUUUCGACGACUGGUUGACGAGCGCAAUUACCGUAGGAACCCGGUCACUUGAGCUCAAGAUUCAAAUGCUCCAACCAUACGAUCCAUAUAGCAGGCAGAUGAGCAACCCAUUUUGGAGAAGGGUUGAGCUCCGCGAUCCUUCUUGGAGUAUGGUUGAGGCCCGAGAACGUCGGACGAACCUCACUUGA